UUCUUCUUCGAGUGGAGUGUGUUCUCCUAUUUUGUUGGUUAAAAUUCUUUAUUAAAUAAAAACCAAAAUGUUUAAAUUAUUUAAACUCCAAACUGUACGACAAAUGCGUACAUUUUCAACUGCACGUAUGGUUGAUAUUCGUGAUAGUUUGGACAGUUGGAAGUCUAAACUAAAUGAAGCUGGCGUCGGCGACAUCGAUUUUAACCUCAAGUGCAUUGUUGCACAUGUAAUCAAAAAGAAUUUCAGCACUGUCAACAAAUACGAAGACGUACAGAUGUCCGAGGACGAGUACAAAGAAUUCGAACGCCUAGUCGAAUGUCGAAUUGCUCGUAUGCCUUUGCAAUACAUUCUCGGCGAAUGGGAUUUCAUGGAUAUGACAUUAAAAAUGCAACCAACAGUCUUCAUACCUCGCCCAGAAACUGAAGAAUUUGUUCGAUUGCUCUUGGAGAAGUUCGACAAAGAAAAACCAUUCACUUUGCUCGAAGUUGGUUGUGGAUGUGGUGCAAUUUCACUGGCAAUUCUUCAUCGAAUGAAAAAUGCCACAUCUGUUGCCUUGGAACGUAGUGCAAUUGCAACUAAAUUGGCAAUUGAAAAUGCCAAAUUACAAAAUCUUGACGAUAGAUUUACCGCAUAUCUUCACACUACGACCAAGGAAGCUCUAGUACCUGAAGAAUUGAAAAAUUCUAAAUUUGAUUUUGUUAUUUCAAAUCCACCAUAUGUAAAGAAUAGUGAGUUUCCAUUACUUCAACCAGAAGUUAAAGUGUAUGAAAACUCAAAUGCAUUAAUUGGAGGACAAGAUGGAUUGCAUGUGGCUAGAAGUGUUUGUGAUGUUGCAAGCAAUCACUUGGUUACUGGCGGAAAGUUAUGGAUGGAAUUGGGCAGCUCCCAUCCACCUCUGGUUCAAACAAUUAUCAAUACCCAAUAUGAGGGUAGACUUCAGUAUUUAAAUGGAUACAAAGAUCAAUAUAAACAAGAGAGAUUCGUUGAAAUAGCAAAAGUCUAUGAUUUCUCAAGAACUCUUGAAGAAGAUCAGCUACAAUUUACAUAUACAAGCUUUUAAGCUUCAAUUUCAAUUGGCAAUUUUAAUUUAAACUUCGUUUCAUUUUGUGUUUUAUGUGUUUUGUAAUUUUAUUCACAACCUCACAAACAUCACAAAACUUUUAUGUUCCUUCAUCAUCAUUUAUUAUUGUUUAAAACAAUAAUUUUUAUUCAUUCCACAAGUUGUUUUAAUAAUCUCAACUUACACCAUUUGCAGUAUAAAUCAACUAAAAUUCCAUUACAACCUGCCUCAUUUAAGGUUUUGGACUGGUGAUUGUUUUUUUUUUGUUU